GGCCGGACCUCCCCCUCCGUGCGGGCCUCCCGUCCUCCUCCUCCUCCCUCGGUCCCCCUGCCCGUCGGUGGAGCGGCGGCCGAAGCAUGUUUGGGUCGGGUUGGGGCGGGCGGGCCGGGCUGCGGCUGCGACUGCUGCUGCUGCUCCUGGGCUGGUCCGGCUGGUCCUGCGGGGCCCGGGCGGAGGCCGAGGAGGCCGAGGCGAUGGCCGAGGAGGCCCCGCACGCCCAGCACUUGUACACGGCCGAAAUGUUCAGCCACGGCAUCCAGAGCGCCGCGCACUUCGUCAUGUUCUUCGCGCCCUGGUGUGGGCAUUGCCAGCGAUUGCAGCCAACAUGGAAUGAACUAGGGGACAAAUACAACAAGCUGGAAAAUGCCAAGGUCUAUGUGGCUAAAGUGGAUUGCACUACAGAUACUGAAGUGUGUUCUGCACAGGGGGUUAGAGGCUAUCCCACUUUAAAGUUGUUUAGACCUGGCCAAGAAGCUGUGAAGUAUCAGGGAUCCAGGGAUUUCCAGACACUGGAAAGCUGGAUGUUGCAGACUCUAAGUGAGGAACCAAGUACUUCAGAACCUCCAGUGGAACCUUCCAAAGCCCCUGAACCUAAACAGGGACUGUAUGAGCUUUCAGCAGCCAAUUUCAAAUUGCACACUACAACUGGAAACCACUUUAUCAAGUUCUUUGCCCCUUGGUGUGGCCACUGCAAGGCCCUGGCCCCAACCUGGGAGCAGCUGGCUUCGAUCUUGGAACAUUCUGAAAUGGUCAAGAUUGGCAAGGUUGACUGUACACAGCAUUAUGAACUUUGUUCUGGAAACCAAGUGCGUGGCUACCCCACCCUUCUCUGGUUUAAGAAUGGCGAAAAGGUCGAUCAAUACAAAGGAAAGCGGGAUUUGGACUCACUAAAAGAAUAUAUUGACUCACAACUACAAAAUGCUGAUGAUGCCCCAGAGGCUCCCGAACCUUCUGAAAUCCCACCAGAGGGUGCUGAGCCCACUUCGGAUGAGGUCAAUGUGCUGUCUCUCACCGAAAAUGACUUUGAUCAAACCGUUGCAAAUGGGAUAACUUUCGUCAAGUUUUAUGCUCCAUGGUGCGGGCACUGUAAGAAGUUAGCUCCUACUUGGGAGGACCUGUCAAAAAAGCAAUUCCCUGGGCUGGCAGAUGUCAAAAUAGCCAAGGUGGACUGCACCGCUCAACAUGCCAUCUGCAGCAAAUUCUCGGUGCGGGGCUACCCGACGCUGCUGCUCUUCCGGGCAGGAGAGAUGAUCAAGGAACACAGUGGAGCCAGAGACCUACAAACCCUGCACAGUUUUGUUCUGCGCCAGGCCAAAGACGAACUGUAAAAAUACUCGGAGUCACCUUCCCUGGCUGCUCUCCCACACCCUAUUUGCAGGAGUUAAAUCAUGUCAAUGUUACCACAUUUCAAAUGGCGGUUAUUUCGAAUGUUCUAAAUUUGUGGUGGCUUUUGUGUGUAGUGUUUUUUUUAAGCCAACACACUGUACAGAUUCUCUACUAAGUUUGUCUAGGUAAAUGUGUCACAAACAGCCACGGUGCAGAAUAUUUUCAGAAGCACGAUGUCCUGUUGCCCUUUGACUGUCCCUCGAUGAAAUUUAAAUGGAGUCUUUUGAGACUAAAAAGGUGAGGAUAGUCAAGACUAAGGAAACUGGUUAACUACUU